AUGGAGAGGCUGAGCAAUGGAACAGACUUCGUGCUGCUGGGUCUGUUCCACCACGUCCAAGCCCCCAAAGUUCUCUUCACUCUCAUCUGCCUGGUGUUCCUUGUGACACUCAUUGGUAACGUGAUGAUGAUGGUUCUCAUUUGGCUGGACUCUCGCCUCCAUACGCCAAUGUACUUCCUUCUCAGCCAGCUCUCCUGCAUGGACCUCCUGUACAGCUCCACCUUUGUCCCUAAGAUGGCCCUCGACUUCCUGACCAGGACAAACACCAUUUCCUUUCUCAGCUGUGGGGUCCAGCUCUUCCUGUUUAUGACUCUCGUGGGGGCGGAGUGCCUUCUGCUGGCAGUCAUGGCUUAUGACCGCUACGUGGCCAUCUGCCACCCCCUCCACUACUCUGUUCUCAUGCGCCCCACAGUCUGUGCCCUCAUGGUGUCGGGGACCUGGCUGGGGGCACUGCUCAACGCCCUGAUCCAUGUGGUCUACGUUCUCACUCUCCCUUACUGUGCCUCCAGGGAAAUUCAUCAUUUCUUUUGUGAGAUUCCAGCUCUCCUGAAACUUGUUUGUGCUGACACCUCCCAGUAUGAAAAUGGUCUUUAUGUUAGUGGGGUUGUCUUUCUCCUCGUGCCAAUAUCUGCCAUCAUGACCUCAUAUGGACGGAUACUCUCCACUGUUUUGGGGUUAGGAUCCAACUUGGGGAUGAGGAAGGCGCUGGCAACCUGUUCUUCCCAUAUGACUGUGGUGUUACUCUUCUAUGGAACAGCCAUUUUCAAGUACUUCCUCCCCAAAUCCUUUCACACUGUUGAGCAGGACAAAGUGGUCUCUGUUUUUUAUACCAUCCUCACACCCAUGCUCAACCCGCUCAUCUACAGUCUGCGGAACAAAGAGGUGGCUGGGGCUGUCAGGAAGGUGCUGGGAAGAUGA